AUGGCCAAGGCCCGUAAGCAUGGAGCCCACCGAGACGACUCCCAUCCGGGCGCUGCUCCGGGCCCGAGCGAGGAAGACAGAAGCCUCCUCGCCGACGACCCUCUCACCCACGAUGUCCACCACAGCUCCGCUGGCACCGCCGCCGCCGCUGCGGAGGACAGCUACUUCAUGACGAAACAACAACCCACCUCAGCGCCGCCGCUCCGUCAAGCCCUCCGAUCCCCCGGGACGCCACGGACCCCGAACCGCGUCCGCUUCGACCCCAUCCCUUCCAUCGUCCAGCCCUCGCCCCCGCGGCCCUCCAUGACCGCCAGCAACGCCUCCGGCAGCGCCCGCCAGAGCCGCGACAGCUUCGACGUCGACGACGAGCUCUUCCAGCACGCACCCGGCUACGACGAACACGAUGACCACCACCGCCGCCCUCUGCUGACCGACAUCGAGGCCCCCUCCGUCGCGCUGGCCAAUAGCCCCUGGGGGGAUGAGGACGUUGACGAGUGGGCCGAGGCCGAGCGCAACCGGCCCAAGUCCGGGCUGAAGAUGGCCUUCAUGAAUAUGGCCAACUCCAUCAUCGGCGCCGGCAUCAUCGGCCAGCCCUACGCCUUCAAGCAGGCCGGCAUGCUGGGCGGGAUCUUACUGCUGCUGUUCCUGACAGUCGUCGUGGACUGGACCAUAUGCCUGAUCGUCAUCAACAGCAAGCUGUCCGGCAGCAACAGCUUCCAGGGGACGGUGGAGCACUGCUUCGGCCGGACCGGGUUGAUAGCCAUCUCGGUCGCGCAGUGGGCUUUUGCGUUUGGCGGCAUGGUUGCCUUCGGCGUCAUCGUGGGCGACUCAAUACCGCACGUUUUAACGGCCAUUUGGCCGGACCUUAGGGAGAUGCCUGUGUUGGGACUGCUGGCCAACAGGCAGGUCGUGAUUGUGGUUUUCGUACUAGGCAUCAGCUACCCGUUGACGUUAUACCGGGACAUUGCAAAGCUGGCAAAAGCGAGCACCUUGGCCCUCAUCAGCAUGGGCGUCAUUGUCGCGACGGUUGUGAUUCAGGGGGCCCUCACGCCCAAGGCAGACAGGGGUUCCUUCACACCCGCCCUCCUGACCGUGAACUCUGGCAUUUUCGAAGCCAUCGGCGUCAUCUCAUUCGCCUUCGUCUGCCACCACAACUCCCUCCUCAUCUACGGCUCCCUCAAGACGCCCACAAUAGACCGCUUCUCCCGCGUGACGCAUUACUCGGUCGGCAUCUCCACCGUCGCCUGCCUCAUCGUCGCCCUCGCCGGCUUCCUCACCUUCGGCGACAAGACGCUCGGCAACGUCCUCAAUAACUUCCCCGCCGACAACGUCAUGGUCACCAUCGCCCGCCUCUGCUUCGGCCUCAACAUGCUGACCACCCUGCCCCUCGAGGCCUUCGUCUGCCGCGAGGUCAUGUUCGAGUACUUCUUCCCCGGCGAGCCCUUCAACAUGAAUCUCCACCUCAUCUUCAGCUCCAGCCUCGUCGUCUCCGCCAUGGUCAUGAGCCUGCUGACCUGCGACGUCGGCGCCGUCUUCGAGCUCGUCGGCGCCACCUCGGCCUGCGCCAUCGCCUACAUCCUCCCCCCACUGUGCUACAUCAAGCUCACCACCCGCUCGUGGAAGACGUACGUCGCCGGGGGUAUCGUCGCGUUCGGGACCGUGGUCAUGGUCAUCACUCUGAUACAGGCGGUCGCCAAGAUGGUCAGCAACGAAAAUGGCCCGGCCAAGUGCAUGUAA